AACAUUACAACUUUGGUAGUAUCCCAAACUUUGGGUGCCUCUUGGGUGCAUUUCAGAAGAAAAUGGCAGGUCAGUUUUGGGAAAAUAUCUGCCACACCCGUCUUGAAGAUUUAUCAUCCUAAUUCACGGCCUGGAGGCUUGAAUUGUAAGACUCAGACUGCAUUUCCCAGACACCCACCUUGAUCCAUCUAGGGAGGAUUUCGUUUGUUUUUAGCCACCCGGCAGGGGCGCCGCAUUUCCCAGCGCCCUUUGGCCUUUUCUCCUGGAGUCAGGUGGUGAAGCCCCUUAUUACGGUUUGGGGGCUGUGAGAACUACAUUUCCCAGAAUGCCGUGCGCCGAAGACAGCGUGGUAGAGCCAAUGAAGGCUCAGCAAGGAGGCCUUUCCGUUUGAGCACAUCGGUUGGGGCGGGGCUUCCGGUGCCAUGCCGAGGGCGUCAUCUUGGCUGCCCUGUGGUAUGUUCUUGUCAGAUAAGGUCCGAGAGGAGGCGCCGUCCGCUACGCAGAGGGGCGGGUCUGACGCCCGGCGACGACGCCCAGGCGCUCCGCGCCCGGGUCGCUUCCUCUCCCGCCGCCCGGCCCCGCUGCGCCCACGGAGCCCGAUGGCGGCGGCCACGCUGGGGCGCCCGCCUCAGGUCCCCAUGACUGCAGAAGCACGUCUGGAACCCAAGCAGGGCAAUGUGACGUUUGAAGAUGUGGCCAUCUACUUCUCCUGGGAGGAAUGGGGGCUCCUUGAUGAGACUCAGAGACGCCUGUACCGUGAUGUGAUGCUGCAGAACUUGGCACUUAUAACCUCCCUGGGUUGUUGCCAUGGAGUGCCGAAUGAAGAGGUCCCAUUUGAGCACAGCAUUUCUGUACAAAGGAUAUCACAAGUCAGAACUCCCAAGGCUGCUCUCUCUUCCAAGAAGGCCCAUCCCUGUGAAAUGUGUGGCCUGAUCCUGAGAGACAUUUUGCACUUGGUUGAGCACCAGGGAACACUUGACAGGCAGAAACUUCACAGGUAUGAGGCAUGUGGGAAACAAUUGCAUGUCAGGGAAAACUUUUUUCAUCACCAGAAGCAGUGCAUUGGAGAGAAACACUUCAGGAACCAUGUGGACAGAGCCUCGUUUGUGAAGAACUGCAAAUGCAAUGUGUCAGGAAAGCCAUUUAUGUUCAGGGUGAUUGGGAAGGACUUCUUGGCCAGCUCUGAAUUUCUCCAGCCACAGGCCACUUACACCAGUGAGGGGUCAACCAGUGAGACAGAGUGUGGUGGGACAGAGUGUGGGGUAGACUUUCAGAGAGCAAUAACUCAUAACAACUGGAAAGGAUGCACAAAAGCCUUGAGCUGCAGACACACACUUAUUCAGCACCAGAGACUGAUCACUAGAGAAAGAUGGUUUAUGUGCACUGAAUGUGGGGUAUUCUUUAGCAGAAGCAGCAGCCUCAGUCAACAUCAGAAAGUUCAUGCUGGUCAAAGAAGUGUUGACUCUGAAGAAUGUGGAAUAUUACCUAAAAUGUCUCCACUUGUUGAACAGCAGAGAAGUAACACGAGAGAAAGGCCUUACAAAUGUACAGAAUGUGGGAAGUCAUUUACCAGAAGUUUCAGUCUCAUUGAACAUCAGAGAGUUCACACUGGAGAAAGGCCUUAUGAUUGUGGGGAAUGUGGCAAGUCCUUUACACGAAAGUCCAACCUCAUUAUACAUCACAGAAUUCACACUAGAGAAAGACCAUAUGAAUGCAAGGAAUGUGAUAAAUCAUUUGUUCAAAGGUCUGCACUCAUUCAACAUCAGAGAGUUCACACUGGAGAAAGGCCUUAUGAUUGCAGUGAAUGUGGAAAGUCUUUUACCCGAUUCUUUGCACUCUGUCAACAUCAGAGAAGGCACACUGGUUUAAGGCCCUAUGAAUGUAUUGACUGUGGAAAAUCCUUUGCUGAAAAUUCCAGACUCAUUAAACACAGGCGAAUUCACACUGGAGAAAGACCUUAUGAAUGCAGCAAAUGUGGAAAAGCAUUUUGCCAAAAUUCUUCACUCCUUAGACACCAGAGAGUUCACACUGGAGAAAAACCUUAUGUGUGUGGGGAAUGUGGGAAAUCUUUUGGGCAAAAGACCAUCCUAAUUCAGCAUUGGAGUGUUCAUACUAUAGAAAGACCUUAUAAAUGUUGGGAAUGUGGGAAAUCCUUUAGGCGAAAGUCUGAACUUACUCAACACCAGAGAGUUCACACUGGAGAGAAACCAUACGAGUGUGGGGAAUGUAGGAAAUCAUUUAGCCAAAAAUCCAAUCUCACUAUGCACCUGAUAGUUCACACCAGAGAGAGGCCAUAUGAAUGUAACCAGUGUGGUAAAUCAUUUAGCCAAAAAGCUACUCUCCUAGCACAUCAGAGAGUUCACACUGGAGAAAGACCCUACAAGUGCAGUGAAUGUGGAAAAAGUUUUAGCCACAGCUCUGCAUUCCGUCAGCAUCAGAGAAUUCACACUGGAUCAAAGCCUUAUGAGUGUACUGUAUGUGGAAAAUCUUUUGCUGAAAACUCUAGACUCAUUAGACACAGGAGACUUCACACUGGAGAAAGGCCUUAUGAGUGCAGCAAAUGUGGAAAAGCAUUUAGCCAAAGUUCUUCACUCAGUCACCAUCAGGGUUCACACAGGACAAAAGCCAUAUAAAUGCAUGGAAUGUGGGAAGUGCUUUGUAAAAGACUCCAGCCUCAUUAAGCACAGGAGCAUUCAUAGUGUACAAAGUUCUUAUGAUGAAAUAAAUGUGGAAAAUCCAUUAU